AUGCGGCGUAUUCUCUCAUUCGAUUUUCAUUACCUCAUUCCGUUUGCCGUUGUUGCGUCGUGCACGAAUGGGUUUGCGAGUGUGUGCCCGUGUAUUUGCGUCUCGAUGUGUUUGUGUUGUGCGCUCAAGUUGAAUGUGUAUGCAGUACCAAUGUUCUCUUCAGCAUUUAGUUCCGUCAGAUUAGAUCAUAAAUGUAUUCUUAGCUUCAAAAUAUACGUGCAUUCGACCUCAUCACAUCGUUACACCUAUUCAAAAACCGAUUUGUCUUAGAUGGCGACAGUUGUACACAUUGUCCCAUUCAAAUCCAAUUGGAUUUAUAGAGACUCAAAAAUGGUUCCAUGAUAAAAAGCAAAAUUUUACAGCAAAAUUUUACUGUUAAUUUCAUUUCUGGAAAAUAGAUUCGUCCAUUGUUGACUGCAAACGGUUGGUCCAGUUCAAAAAUCAAUAUUCUAACGAGCCAAAGUUUGGUUUUGCGUUGAACGUAUUCAUCGCGCGAUUUAUGUGUGUGUAUGCGUGCAUGUGACUAUGUCAACCCGGUUUGCUAUGAUGAUUGUUUUUGAGCAACAGAAUAGGAGCAAAAAAAAUGGCGGCCAUGUAUCUGUGUUCGUGUGCAUCGGCACAGUUUGAGCAACAACAGAAUGACAUUUUGGUAUUGGCAUACGAGCAGCUCGGAUCGAUAGACGAGUGUGGUGCAGCGCGUGUGUGUGGCGCUUUAAUUUUUUUUCGAUAAAUAAAGCAGUGAAUUAUGAGUGAACUGCAUUUCUAAAUACUUUUUUCAUUUAGUUUUCUUAGUUUCUGUAUCAAUUUCUGGUGUGUGGCGUUGGGGUAGAAGAAGCAAAACCGAAAUCGAAACAAUUUUUGAAUUGCAUCCAUUGUAAAUUGUAAUUAAGACAAAGACGUGUACGAAUAAUGGGUCGAUCACCCUCACCUCGGCGUCGUGAAAAGAUGCGAGAGCGCGAGUUUCGGGCACGAAAACGGUCAAGAGAUCGUGAGGUGCGUGGUGGUGGUGAACGAGAUGAACGUGACAGGGCUGACAGAUCACAUCGGUCAAGAGAACGAAGUCCGCGUGGACGUGACCGAAGCAGGAGCCGAGAACGAACAGAUAAAGAUCGAACAGUGACGUCACGGCCAUAUGAAAAAGACCGAGCCAAAUCGUCGAGAUCUGGUCGGCGCGGCCAUGAUGCCGGCGGCAGCAGUGGUGCUAGCGGAUCGAAUGCAGUUGCGGGCGAUCGACCCAUUGUUUCGGAUGCGGAUCUUGAGGGAAAAUCACCGGAAGAACAGGAAAUGAUGAAAGCAAUGGGCUUCUGUGGAUUCGACACAACCAAAGGCAAAAAAGUGGAUGGCAACGAUGCCGGUGAAGUGCACGUUAUUCUCAAACGCAAGUAUCGACAAUACAUGAAUCGCAAAGGUGGUUUCAAUCGGCCACUGGAUUUCGUUGCCUAAUUUCAUAGUUUAUUUCCACGUUCAUUGGUUCCAUUGGUGUUAGAUAUGUCUUUUGCUCGUUGCAAAGGAGAUACAAAAAACACACAAAAUCGAUUGCAAUUCAUUCAAAAGAACAAAUUUUCCCUCUCGACGAAUUUUCGUUUUUCGCGACAAAACUUUUCUUUUUUCUACACAGAAAAUCAUCAAAAUUUCGAAAUCUGCGAUGAUACAGAUAAUUUAAUUGUAACGCAGCCUUAUCAUAGCCUCAGAUUCCAUUCAACAGUUAACUCCAUUUUGUUUAUGUUCAACUCAAUUCAUCUUAUAUUAUUACAUCCGUUACAGUAAGAAUAAUCCAUAAUAUUUAAACCGCCUUGUUAUCGCAUCACAAUCAUACGCAUCUUGGUCGAUGAUUGUUUUUUUUUUCUUUAUGAUUAAUUGAAUGCGAUGCUGUUUGGUGGCAUUUCAUUUGAAUGGCUAGCCAAAGAAAAAUUGCUUGUAUACUUCCGUCGAACAGGGAAACAGAUACACUCUGCCAUGUAGCCUUCAUUUGCAAUCCAUUCAAAUCGACUGACAUCCAAAUUGGAUCGACUUCAACGGGUAUAUUUAUAUAAUAUUUACACUGUUUUUUUUCGGGUUUUAUACACAUACAAACAAUCAUAGAGAAACAACAACAACAACAAAAAAGCAGAGAAGAAACAAGAGAGACUGAACCAAGACAAUUUUUAUUAAACGUCUUUGUCUAUCUCUGCAGCAGGUUUUCCAUAUUUUUUUUUGUAUAAACAAUUCAAAUGAACCAUAUUGAAAUUAUUUACACAGUACAAUAGAACGGGUUUACAUACAUACACACACACAACAUUAAGCUGAUUUUGUGCGCUGGACCUCUGAUGUGGAGCCAUUUGUACGAAACAUUCGUAAUUUAUUCGGAUAGAAAAGAAGAAAAAAAAAACCAGAGCAAUUGUUAUGACCAUUUAUUUAAAUGGUUUGAAAGGAUUGUUCAAAGAGUGAUGAAUGGGUCAUUUCCGCCUGGAAACAACCGAUGCAACUGACAACAAUCAGCUUGAAUGAAUGUUUCCAGAGAAAAUGAUCCCCUUAUCUCUUUGUUUGAUUACGUUUAAAAAUGAAUUGUCUUUUCAUUGAACAUUUUUUGAAUGUUACAUUUUCAGUUAAUGCUUUUUGCAUCAAUUUGAAUUAAUUUUUUUCCAUUUCGUUUAAUUUUUAUGCAAAAGUUCCAAAAGAAUCAUUCACAUCAAUUUAAAUCAAAAUUCUGGUGGAAAUUUCAAUCAAUUCAAAAUUUGUCACAAAAUCAGCUGAAAAUUUGCAAUAGCCAGGUUUACACACACACACACACACACAACUUUUUUACAAUAGUCAACACAGUUAAAUAAUUAUAUUCAAAUAAUACCGGUAACAAGAACAUACAAACAACAGCAACAACAAUAACAAUAAAAAACAAACAAUAGAUUUUAAGUGUUUAAAGGACAAAACUACAUAGAAUAACUCUUAUAUAAUAAUUUAAACAGAAAAAUCCGUUAUAAAUAACUAUUUGAAACAGAAACAAAAUGCGCCCCAUAUUUACACCAUACAGAAAUAGAACAAUAAAAUGGAUUAUUUUCAAUAGCCAACCACACACACACACACACUCAAACGCACACAAACAAAAAAUGAACAUGCAAUAGCCAGGGAUUUGUUAUUUAGUCUAACCAAUUUAAAGAUGAGAGUUAUAUUUUUUGAACAAUCAAACCACAAAAUAAUGCAUUCACAACACAGUCGAUAAGUUUAGCAUAAAAUAAUUGAGAAAUUAUGGAAACCAACACAAAUCACAAAAAAUAGUACCUCAUUGUUAGAACCGUUGUUCGACCAGCAGCAGCCUUUCCAUUCUUAAUUCUUCUUUACUAGUGUUUUUUUUGUUUCACUUCGUUUUGAUACGAUGACCAAUUAUUAAUCAUGUUUUUUUUACGUUUUGUUGGCCAUUCUUUUCUUCUGCCAUUUUUUUCCCAGUUACAAAACAAACACAACAAUACCAGUUAAUCGUUCAAUAUUACUUUUGUCGCAUAAUUUUUUGUGAUUUCAACAUGAAAUGAAAUGUGCAAAAUUCCAUUUGGGAAAUCGAAUUGAAAACGACACACGCAGUUGAUUCAAUUCAACCAUUAUUGUUCACUUUUGAUCAACAAUUCAAUCGGAGAAGCUAAAGACAAUAUGAAAUUCGAAAAUUAACGAUUAAAAAGAAUUCAACUUUUUCUAAGUUAUAAGCAUAAAAAAUAAGUAUUGUAAGUCUUUAGCUUCAAUGUAUUUAUAAUAUUUUAAGUAUGGAAUCUUAAAUAAAAAAUUUUGAAGUACAA